AAGAUUUUAUAUCAAUUACACUUUUGCAGAAUGAUCAAGAGUCAGCCUCAGGAGUAUACUUUUAUUCCUCAAACAUGGAUCUUUCCUGCAGAAUACACACAGUUUCAGAACUAUGUAAAAGAACUGAAGAAGAAACGUAGACAGAAAACUUUCAUAGUCAAACCAGCCAACGGUGCAAUGGGACAUGGUCCCUCUUUAAUAAGAAAUGGAGAAAAGUUACAGGCUCAGGAUCACUUGAUUGUUCAGGAAUACCUUGACAAACCAUUUCUUAUGGAAGGCUACAAGUUUGAUUUACGAGUGUAUAUUCUUGUAACCUCCUGUGAUCCAUUGAAAGUAUUUUUAUAUCAUGAUGGACUGGUGAGAAUGGGCACGGAAAAGUAUCAUCCCCCCAGUGAUUCAAAUUUGAGUCAAUUGUAUAUGCAUCUGACUAACUACUCUGUCAAUAAACACAAUGAACACUUUGAACGGGAUGAAACAGAAGACAAAGGAAGCAAACGCUCCAUCAAGUGGUUUACUGAGUUUCUAGAAACAAAUAAUCUUGAUGUGUCCAAAUUCUGGAGUGAUAUUUCAGAGUUAGUGGUGAAGACUCUCAUAGUUGCAGAGCCACAUGUUCUUCAUGCUUAUCGCAUGUGCAGGCCAGGUCAAGCACCUGGAAGUGACAGUGUCUGCUUUGAAGUCUUGGGAUUUGAUAUUCUGCUGGACAGAAAGCUAAAACCAUGGCUCCUAGAGAUUAAUCGUGCCCCAAGCUUUGGAACGGAUCAAAAAAUAGACUAUGAUGUAAAAAAAGGUGUUCUGCUAAAUGCAUUAAAGCUUCUCAACAUACGGACAAGUGAUAAAAGGAGAAAUUUAGCUCAACAGAAGGCUGAGGCUCAAAAAAGACUGUAUGGUCAAGGUUCAAUGAAAAAACUGUUGCCAGGUUCAUCAGACUGGGAGAAGCAACGUCACACACUGGAAAGGAGAAAAGAAGAACUGAAGGAAAGGCUUGCACAAGUACGUAAACAGAUUUCCAAAGAGGAGCAUGAAAAUAGACACAUGGGGAACUAUAGGCGAAUUUAUCCUCCUGAUGAUCAGACAUUACUUGAAAAGUAUGAGAGUUUGUUAGCCACUGCUUUCCAGACGUUUCUUGCUGGGAGAGCAGCUUCUCUUCAACGGGAAAUGAAUAACCCUUUAAAAAGAAUGAAGGAGGAGGACAUUUUGGAUCUUCUGGAGCAGUGUGAAAUAGAUGAUGAAAAACUAAUGGGAAAAUGCACCAGGCAGCGAGGACCUAAGCCCUUGUAUUCAAUGCCAGAAUGUGCACAGCCCGGUAGAAAACUUAAGAACUACAACAGUGACAGUAGCUGUGGUAGUGGUAGCAGUAUGUCAGAAUCAGGAGAAGAAACUGAAAAGGAAGAUCACAAUGAAAAAAAGGAGAAAAAAGUUUCGUAUGAUCUUGAAGAAAAUAAAUACAAGUCUUUGGAACGAUCAGGUAGGAUGAACUGGAAACCUUCAACUAAAAAUGUAAAAUCUCCAUCAUAUUCAUCCCCCACAUCAUCCACGGGUCCAAUAAGGCGUUCUGUGAGCUGCCCUCGUUCCAUCUCAGUGCUGACUAUGCAGUCACAGGCCGCGGAGCACCGUCCCCUCUCAGCCCGAGCACCCCUGCAAGGCCAGCGCGCCUCCUCCGUCAGCAGGUCUCGUUCCUUAAACUGCAGCCCGUCUUCCGCCAGAGUCCCUCAGGCAUCCGGCUUGGGAACUAUGCACUCCUCAGGGAGUGAGUCUUUGCUGCAACAGAAAACAAAAGAGCAAGAAGUUGCUUUGACAAAAGAGACUCUUCUCAUUAUCAAUGACAUGAGAAUGAAGUUCCCAGGAAAAACAGUUGAAGAAACAGAAUUAAUUAUAGAAGAUAUUAUGGAUAAUUGGAAGUAUCAUAAAACGAAAGUGGCAUCAUAUUGGUUGGUAAAACUGGAUUCUGUAAAGCAACGAAAAGUUUUGGAUAUAGUCAAGACGAAUGUUCGUGCAGUUCUACAGCGUGUCUGGAAGGCUCGAGACGUUGAAAAUUUACAUCUGUGCCGACUCUUUAACCGUGUAUUUAAUCGCUUACUUUGGAGCCAUGGUCAAGGUCUGUGGAACUGUUUCUGUAAUUCUGGGAGCUCUUGGGAAACCAUAUUCAGUAAAAGCACAGAGGUGGUGACUCCGGAGCAGCUCCAGUGUUGCCAACGAAUAGUACAGCUUUGUAAGCAUUGCCUGCUGGUGGUUUACAAAUAUUCGUCGGUUUCAAGAGGAUCUCCAACUGGGAUUAGCUCCCACUGGGAUGAUACAAGGUAUUUAUUGCCAGGACCUUCACUGUUCACCAUGAAAUCAUCUUCGUCCAACCUUAGCUGCAGUUCAUCUGGAAUGCCUCGCCCUAACAUUUUGUUCACACACAGAUACAGUCACUUGUGA